GUAACUGUCGAACGUAUUUUAUUCGAAGAAUCUACAAUAAAAUGGGUCUUUUCCAGACUUCUUCGCCUUUCGACGCUGACGUCGAAAAGGCAACUAGCGAGAAGAACAUAUCCGAAGAAUGGGGGAAGAUAAUGGAUAUUUGUGAUAAAGUAGGCACCUCUACUCAACAUGCAAAGGAUUGUUUACGAUCAAUUGUUAAAAGAUUAGGUUCUCCAGAUCCACACAUUGUUAUGCAGGCAUUGAUUUUAUUGGAUGCGUGUGUCAGCAAUUGUGGAAAACCCUUUCAUUUAGAGAUAGCAUCAAGAGAGUUUGAAAAUGAUCUGAGGAAACUCAUUAAUCACUCUCAGCCAAAGAUUGCAGACAGAACUAAAGGGUUUUUGAAGAAAUGGGCUGAAGGAGAUUUCAAAACUGAUCCUCAGCUUAAUUUAAUUCCAAGUUUAUACAAUAAACUUAAAAACGAAGGUUAUGAUUUCUCUUGUGUCUCGGAUAUGCCUAAACGUACAAGCAUAUUAAGUAAAGAUCCAAAUGUAGUAACAAAUUCACAAGAAGAAGAAGAUAUUGCAAAAGCCAUAGAACUUUCGCUUAAAGAAACUAAAGCUCAAAAUCAAGUGUCUUGUUCGCAUAGUUCACCAGCAUCUAAAAAGAAUACUAGUUUAUACCCAAAUGUAAACGCGGCGUUUGGUGGUUCAAGCAAUUCUGAAGGCAGGAAGGUCCGUGCUCUGUAUGAUUUCGAGGCAGCAGAAGAUAAUGAAUUAACAUUUUUAGCAGGAGAAAUAAUUAACAUUUUGGAUGAUUCCGAUCCGAAUUGGUGGAAAGGCAGUAAUAAUAGAGGUGAAGGACUCUUUCCCUCUAAUUUCGUUACUGCAGAUUUGUCUAUGGAGCCUGAACAGUUUACAAAAUUGGAACACAGUAACAAAAAAAUGGUUCAGUUCGCUGAAGAAGUAGAAGUGAAAACGGUGAAGAGAGAACCGGAAGUGAUCGAAGUUGAAAUAGAUGAAAGGAAAAUGGAUAGACUUUUACAUUUAUUACACGAAGCUGAUCCACAGUGCGAUACUUCAGAUUCACAGGAGAUGCUUGAAUUGGAAGAACAAGUAACUGCGAUGGGACCUUUAAUAGACGCCGCUUUAGAAAAAGUAGAUAGGAGGCAUGCGCAACUAACUCAGUUAAGUUCUGAUUUGGUGGAUGCUCUUAAUUUGUAUCAUACAUUGAUGCGAGAACCACCACCUCCUACGCCUUCUAAUUACACUUUACCUAAAAUGUCACCGCAUAUAAAUCCUUACCAGUUUCAAAAUCAGGGACCACCGCCACCACCACAACAUAUAUAUAAUGGAGUACCUCCGCCCCAUCAAUCUUUUCCUGUUGGAGGUGGUCCAUCCGGACCGUAUAAUACUAAUAUUCCAACUAGUGAAUAUAUGGGGCCUGCGAGUAUGCCAAACAUGAUGUUAUCGCAACAUUAUCAUGUUCCACCGACAGGUCCGCAUCAACAUUCUUCAGGACAUCCUCAGGGUUUACCAGUGCCAGAGCAAAGCAAUCUUCAUUACUCUCAUCAAGGAUAUCCACCUCAAAGUGGUCCGUUGCCAGGAUCGUAUGGUCCAUCAGGACCGACAGGACCUCCGGUAAGCCAACAACCUCAGUAUGCUCCGCCAAAUGGGCAGCGCAUGAUGUAAAGUAAUGCUGUAUGUUUCAAAUUCAUCCUGUACUCUAAUUCAAGUUGUACAAUAUUACUAUAUUAUAAUUAUUUAAAUAAACAUACCCGAAAUAGCCAAAGA